AUGCUCACUCAGACAAUCAUCGAUCCUCUUGCUGGCAUCGGCGAAACCAAUUUCCUUGGCACUGGUCGUCGAUCCACCAUUUCAUAUAUUCCCUAUUCUACAAAGAAAAAAGAAGAGAAAACUGAUGUGAAAGAAAGAUCAACAAAAACGCCAAUUCCUGUUGCCAAGACUCAAAGAAGCAAGAGCUCAUUCCAAUCUACAAAGAAUGCUUUUAUUUCUUCGAGGGCACACCAAAAAAAUUUUGCGCAAACAAUUAUAGAUAGAAAUUGGGAGAAACAAGAUAAAAUCAGAAGAUGGAACUAUACAUUACAAAUACAAAAAAUCGAAGCAAACAUACAAGUUCGCAAAGAUCACAGAAAAUUGGGAGAUUUAACUCAGAAGAAACUAAAAAUUUAUGGUGAUACUUUAAGCAGCACAGGUCCAGUACAGCAUAUCAAGCUCCCUCGCGACGUACAAGUCACUGAAUACACUCCAUCCCACAUUCACUACUUCUAA